UCAUUCGCGGAAAUAAAAAUCCGCCUAAUGAUUCCUAAGCUCCUAAAGCAGUGACUAAGAAAAAAAAUGUAUAUUGGUCUAUAAAGUUAAUGAAGAAAGAUGGUUGGUUAGGGUAUGCAUGUGCAGGGUUCUGGACUAAAAGAUUUUCGGUUAGGAAUCUCAACAAGAAACAGCGCAUGUGCACUUUGAUUUGACACUUGUUUUAUGCCUUUAAGGAAAAAGCCCCACCAUGUUUUAGUCACUAAAUGAUGCUUAUAAAUAGAGAACCCUUAAUUGCAUUCAACAUCACAUCAAAACAAACAAAACCAUACAUUGCCCUGUCUAACAAAGAAAAACAUUCAAUGUCAUCUACUUUGCUAAUCAUUAUGUUUUUUCUGUUCAUUGAAAGGCAUUUUCAUGGGGUCACUGCCAACUCCGGCGGUUGGCAGAAUGGUCAUGCCACUUUCUAUGGCGGCGGUGAUGCUGCUGCCACAAUGGGAGGUGCAUGUGGUUAUGGAAAUUUGCAUAAUCAAGGAUAUGGAACUAACACUGCAGCACUAAGCACAGCUUUGUUCAACAAUGGUUUGAGCUGUGGGGCAUGUUAUGAAAUGAAGUGUGUUGGUGAGUCAAGAUGGUGCAAGGCUAGCACUAUUGUUGUUACUGCCACAAACUUUUGUCCACCAAAUAGUAAUGGUGGUUGGUGUAAUCCUCCUCUGCAACAUUUUGAUAUGGCAGAACCAGCAUUCCUACAAAUUGCUCAAUAUAAAGCUGGAAUUGUGCCUAUAGCUUUUAGAAGAAUGUCAUGUAUAAAAAAGGGAGGAAUAAGGUUCACAAUCAAUGGCCACUCUUACUUCAACUUGGUUUUGAUCACCAACGUCGCGGGUGCAGGAGAUCUCCAUGCAGUGUCAAUCCAAGGGUCCAAAAUUAGGUGGCAACCAAUGUCAAGAAAUUGGGGCCAAAAUUGGCAGAGCAAUUCUUAUCUCAAUGGACAAAGCCUCUCUUUUAAAGUUACCAAUGGUGACGGUAGAACUGUGACAAGCUACAACGUGGCACCAGCUAAUUGGCAAUUUGGUCAGACCUUUCAAGGGGGUCAGUUUUAGAUUUUGCAAGAUGUGGGGUAGGUUAGUAUUAAAGUUUGUAAGUACUACUCCCUCCGUUUCUUUUUAAGUGUCGUUUUAGAAGAUUUUUUUUGUUCCUAUUUAAGUGUCGUUUUGAUGUUUUAAUGUUACAAUUUGUCAAUUAUACCCUUACUAUUUAAAUAACUCAACUUUAUAUUUUCCAUAAAUUUUUCUUUCUUAAUAUAUGUAAUAACUCACUCCACAUUUUCCAUAAAAUUCUCUUUCUUAA